CCGAGUUCGAGGCCCUAUCUGACCCUUAUCCCUAAAUAAAUAUAUGCACACAUUAAUAACAGAAAUUGUAUCUAAUUAUAAAUAAUAAUACUAAUAAUAAUAAUAAUAUUAAUAAUAAUAACAAUAAUGAAUAAGGAGGAGGAGGAAUAAGUUACUAACCUUUUGAGGGGUUGAGAGGAGGUUGAAGGGGGGCUCGGAUGAAGGUAUGGGAGGAGGCAGGUGGGGAGGUGAAUUUAUAACAAUAAAACUAUCCUCCGAUCUGUAGCCAACCUAUCACGAAACUUUUUAUUUUCGGAGUUGGGAACUCCGUUUUGACUUUUUUUGUCAAAAAAAUUGGAAAUGUCUUAUUUGGAAACACGUGUUACAAAUAUGCUCUGUUUCGUCAUUUCCUCCAUAGAAUGGUAAACCAGAUCAAUAAUUGGAACAACAGCUUUUUGUCUAAGGCCGGUCGGGAAGUUCUUCUCAAAUCUGUUAUUAGGCUAUGAAUGUCUUUCUUCUUCCUAUGGAGUUAUGUAAGGAAAUUGAAACACUCAUGAAUGGGGAAGUCUUGUAAGGGAUUCGUUGGAGAUCUUGGGACUUUAUGUGUCGUCCUAAAAAUAAGGGGGGCUUGGGUUUUAAGAAGCUUAGAGAAUUUAAUAUUUCUUAUCUUAGGAAAACAAGGAUGGAGAAUUUUUUCUCAACCGGAGUCUUUAGUUGGGAAAGUGUACAGAGCCAGAUAUUUUAGAGAUGGGAGUUUUUUGACAGCUAAACUUUGGAAUAACCCUUCUUUUGUAUGGCAGAGCAUUUUUCAGACACAGGAGGUUAUCAGAAAAAGCUAUUACUGGCGGGUGGUUACUGGGAAGUGGUAGUGCUAUUAACAUCUGGACCAAGCCUUGGCUUCCGGAUGAAAGUCAACCCAUGGUGAUUACAGCACCCAUUUCGGGUCAAGAGGAGGACAGGGCAGAAAGUCUUUUUUGCAGUGAUGGGAGAAGCUGGGAUUUGGAUAUUCUCAAUGAUUCAUUUGAGGAGCGUGAUGUCCAAUUAAUCCAAGGUAUGCCGAUUAGCCUGAGAUCUAUGCCGGACAGAUUAUGCUGGCGCUGGGAGUCAUCCAGACUCUUUUCUGUUCGUAGUUGCUCUAGGGCAUUGAUUGGAGAGUUUGUGGGGGGAGAGUGGGUUGGAGGUGGUCGUCUACUGAGGAGCGGCCAUUUAUUGAGAAGUUGCAGUGGGAGUUUGAGACAAGAAAGAAGGACGUUUUAUGCAGAAUGAUUUGGGGCUGCUGGGAAUUAUGGUGCGAGCGGAAUAACAGGGUAUGGAAUGGAAGCUUGACAGAUAGCAAAUUGAUUUUGAUGAAGGCUAAGGUGUUUGUAGAAGGCUGGAGUUUGGCACAAAAGGGAUUGGGCAGCCAGGUUAAGGAGAACAGUGGUCUGACUUCAGUUUGGAAAAUGUCCUCGGCUGGAGGGUCACAUUAUCAAUCUCAAUCUUUUUCAUUUUAAGUUUAUUGCUAUUAUCGAGUCAAUAUACGACGCAUUUUCUAUAUUAACUCGGUAAUAAACUCUUUUAAUGAAAGCGUCUCGUUAUUAAUAAAUACCCUCGAUGAAAUGGAGAUACUCCUCGAUUGAGUACUCGAGAGGGAGAUAGUUAAAGAGAUAAUCGGGAUCGACGAACAUUUCAUUUAGUGGAUAUAAGCAAAACCAAGUCUCAUCUCUAAUUAAUUAAACCACAUAAGUCCAUCUUAUUGUUUAAAUAUACUUAAAGUUCAAAAAACAUUGUCAAACCCCUCUUUGUUACUAUUAUUUAAUUAAAAGAGAAGUAUUCAUUUCACUUUAUA